AUGAGUUUCGAUACAGUCGUUUCAGGUAAACAUGGUGGACUGACAGAGAAGUUGAGAUUGAUUGCCUAUAAAUACGGAAUUCCCGGAGUACCCCCUCCAGAAUCGGUGUCGAAUGAGUUACGAGCUCAGUCUAGGAAAAUCUAUAUUAAUACCCCGUUGCCUUCUGAUAUGUAUGAUGAAAAGGGCCAUCUCAAAUCACAUUAUGCCAGAAAUAAAAUAAGAACCACCAAGUACACCCCCACCACUUUUCUUCCUAAGAACUUAUUUUUCCAGUUCACCAAUAUUGCAAAUUCAUACUUUCUACUAAUCGUCAUAUUAGGGGCUUUUCAGAUUUUUGGAGUCCCCAAUCCCGUUCUUUCGGCAGUGCCUUUGAUAGUAAUAGUAGUAAUUACUGGGGUCAAGGACGCUUUUGAAGAUUAUAGGAGAUCUGUUUCGGACCGCCAGCUCAACGAUUCCAGAAUUCAUCUUUUAACUGGUAUGGAGAAUCACAAUGUUAAUAAAGAUUCAGUAACGCCUUGGAGACGUUUCAAGAAACUUUGCACCAGAGCUACACGCCUGACAGGUAGACUUAUGGCUAAUAUUUUCAGAAGAAACAAAUCUGCAGCCAGUGAUAGUGUUGAAAAUAAAAGGAAAGAUAAAGAAUCCAUUCGAAGUCUUGAAUCUAUUACAACAAUUCCCACAAACCGCAAUUCACUUUCGAAGAUUCCCACCAAGGAAAGAAUCACUCUGUCAUCUAUGAGAAAAUCAUUUGAUAACCGCAGUAGGCGUACCGCAGAAGUUGUCCAGGGUACUUGUUCCAACCCUACCGUCGAGCCAACUUUCAAACCAAAAUUCAGGACUGAUUUUUGGAAGAGCGUUGAAGUGGGAAAUUUUGUGAGGGUUAGGAACAAUGAAGAAGUGCCCGCUGAUAUAGUUAUAAUAGCAACUUCUGAUGCGGAGGGUACCUGUUUUGUGGAGACAAAGAAUCUGGACGGUGAAACAAAUUUGAAGAAUAGAACUGCUCUACAUUGUGGUGAGGGAAUUAGACAUGCGCAUGAUCUGGAACGAGCCCAAAUGAUGAUCGAGGUUGAACCCCCAAACGUUCAUCUUUAUUCUUUCAAGGGUGCUUGUUACUUCUCUACAUAUGACUUGCAAACUGGGGAAAAACUAGAAGAUAGAUCAGAACCCAUUACCAAUGAAAAUGUCCUUCUGAGAGGAUGUGCUUUGAGAAACACCAAAUGGGUUAUUGGAGUUGUGGUUUACACCGGUCCCGAAACUAAGGUAAUGCUCAAUUCAGGUAUCACCCCAACAAAGAAAUCUAGGAUUUCCAAGGAACUCAACUUGUCGGUUAUUGUUAACUUUGUUGUUUUGUUUGUGCUUUGUUUUGUAUCUGCGGUUGUCAAUGGAGUCUUCUAUAAUGAGAGUGAUACUUCAAGGAUUUAUUUUGACUUUGAGCCUUAUGUUGAUUCCGCCGCAGGGAACGGUGUUGUAACUUUCUUUGUUGCUUUGAUAAUUUACCAAACUCUGGUUCCAAUUUCUCUCUACAUUUCCAUUGAAAUUAUCAAAACUGUUCAGGCUUAUUUUAUUUACGCAGAUGUUAAAAUGUAUUAUCCAAAGUUGGACUAUCCAUGUGUGCCAAAGUCGUGGAAUAUAUCUGAUGACUUGGGUCAGAUUGAAUAUAUCUUCAGUGAUAAAACUGGAACUCUAACCCAGAAUGUAAUGCAGUUCAAGAAGUGUACAGUUGCUGGCAAGUCAUAUGGGUUGGCGUAUACGGAGGCGCAACAGGGUAUGGACAAGAGGAAAGGUGUUAAUAUUGUGGAUGAAGUUGAUAAGUGGAGAACCAAGAUUUCACGUGAUAAACAAGAAAUGUUAGACUUGCUUAAAGAUUGGACAAGUAACGAACUGGAUGAAAAUGAUUUAACAUUCAUCUCAAGUGACUUUGUCAAAGACCUGAAAACUCAAAAAGCUUCAAAAGACUUCAGCUAUAAUGAAAGGUUGAUGACUGCCCUUGCUCUUUGCCACACAGUAGUCACAGAAGACGAUGCAGAUAAACCUGGUAGACCUAUUUUCAAUGCCGAAUCUCCUGAUGAGGCUGCACUUGUUAGUGCAGCACGAGAUAUAGGUAUUGUAUUUCAAGAAAGGACUAGAAAGGGUGUUCUUGUUUCAAAGUUUGGUAAUGCGCCUUCUGAGUUUCGAUUGCUAGAAAUCAUUCCGUUUAAUUCUACUAGAAAGAGAAUGACCACUAUCAUGGAAAUACCCCCUGCAUACUCUCCGAGCAGAGAAACAGAGAUCAUGUUGUAUACUAAAGGUGCAGAUAAUGUUAUUUAUCCCCGCUUAAGAAAAGAUCAGGACGAAAAUAUUGUUAAUCAGACUGCACUUCAUCUUGAACAGUUUGCGGAAGAAGGAUUGAGAACAUUAUGCGUCGCCGAAAAGAAAUUAGAAUCCGAAUACUUCAAAGAAUGGCAGCAGCGCUAUAAUGCAGCGUGUUCCUCCGUCUCCGACAAUAGAGAAGCUCUUAUUGAUCAGUUGAGCGAAGAGAUCGAAUGCAACUUAACUCUAUUAGGAGGCACCGCUAUUGAGGACAGAUUGCAAGACGGUGUUCCAGAUUCAAUUGCAAUUUUAGCUCAAGCAGGCAUAAAACUUUGGGUUUUAACUGGUGAUAAAGUGGAGACUGCCAUAAAUAUUGGCUUUUCCUGCAACCUAUUGACCAAUGAAAUGAAAUUACUUGUUCUCCAGCCACAGGAAAAGGACAAUCAGGAUUCAGAUACAUUGUGCAAGUACUUUGAUGGUUUAAUCAGCAGAUACUUGUCUGAAGAGUUUAACAUGAAUGGCUCAGAGGAGGAGCUCAAAGAAGCAAAGAAAGUUCACACACCAGCAGUUGAUAACUAUGCUAUCAUUGUAGAUGGAGCAGCACUUGCAGUUAUUUUCAAUGAGUCAACGGGAAGUUUAAUUCGAAAGUUUUUACUGCUGUGUAAACAGUCCAAAUCAGUGCUUUGUUGUCGAGUAUCGCCAGCUCAAAAAGCCCAGAUAGUCAAGAUGGUGAAGAAUCUUCUUGGUGUCAUGACUCUUGCCAUUGGUGAUGGUGCCAACGAUGUUGCGAUGAUACAGGCAGCCAAUGUAGGUGUCGGAAUUGCAGGUGAAGAGGGAAGGCAAGCUGCAAUGUCAUCAGAUUAUGCUUUUGGCCAAUUUAGGUUUCUUACUAGGUUACUGCUGGUUCAUGGCAGAUGGUCUUAUAAAAGGCUUGCUGAGAUGAUUCCAUGCUUCUUUUACAAAAAUGUUACGUUCACGUUCACCCUUUUUUGGUAUGGUAUCUACAACAACUUUGAUGGUUCUUAUCUGUUUGAGUAUACUUACUUAAUGUUUUACAACUUGGCCUUUACUUCACUCCCGGUAAUCUUUUUAGCUAUACUGGAUCAGGAUGUUUCAGAAACGGUAUCCCUGUUGGUACCACAGUUGUACAGGACUGGAAUUUUACGUCUCGAAUGGUCACAAUACAAGUUUUUCUACUACAUGUUAGAUGGUCUUUACCAGUCUGUUAUUUCAUUUUUUUUUCCAUACCUUGUUUAUCAUACUGGUUCGUUCGCUAGUGCAAAUGCUAGACAAAUAGAUCACCGGUUUUGGAUAGGUUUAUUUUGUGCUCAUAUUUCAGUUGUUUCCUGCAAUAUUUAUGUGUUUCUUCAACAGUAUCGAUGGGACUACCUAUCUACCAUUAUUGUGUUAUUAUCAAUCUUAGUAAUAUUCUUUUGGACCGGAGUAUGGUCAGCGGGCACAAUCUCCGGAGAGUUUUAUAAGGCUGCUCCCCAAGUUUUUGGAAGUACUUCCUUCUGGGCAUGUUUUUUUGUUGGUGUGCUUGUCUGUGUGCUUCCUAGGUUCUGCUAUGACAAUGUGAAAAGAGUAAUGAAGCCGAGAGAUAUUGAUAUCAUCAGAGAAAGAGUUAAAUUGGGUGAUUAUCGCCUUUUUCCUGAGAGGUAUGACCCCACAGACUUCAAUGAUGUUGAAGUGCAUAGAAAGAUGCUGAGUGACAAUCACUCAUCCCUUGCAAGUGAUUCACUGGAUCAAGCAAAUAGUGCUGAACUUGCCGAUUUAGAGAAAAACGAUAUUGAAGCAAACUUAAAGAAUGAAAUACCCAAGGAGUCAAAGGGGAUUCAACGAGCACUCCGUUCAAUUGGACACUCGAUUCGGCAUCCUACAUUGACCCCUCCUAGUAGACUUGACAUUUUGAGAAAGAAAAGCUUAGAGAAUGGAUCUAUAACUUCACUCGAAAGAAUUCGUACAAGUCACGAGCUGCCAGGUUUAACCAGGGCGGAAACACUAAUGAGUACUUAUUCUUAUCUCUCUGAAAAUAGAAGGUAG